AUGUUUGAUAACACCCAGUACCCUUAUAAUUGCUUUAAUUACGAUGGGGAUGAUUACCCAACCUGCAGCUCUGAUGAAGAGAAAAGGUUCACCAGACCAGCAUACAGCUACAUCGCUUUAAUUGCAAUGGCCAUCCAGCAGAGCCCCUCCAACAAAGUGACUCUUUCUGGCAUUUACGACUUCAUCAUGAAGAAAUUCCCUUACUACCGGACAAACCAGCGAGCCUGGCAGAACUCCAUCCGCCACAACCUCUCCCUCAACAGCUGCUUUGUCAAGGUUCCCCGGACGGAAGGCAAUGACAAAGGGAAGGGGAAUUACUGGAGCUUUGCACCGGGAUGUGAAUCUAUGUUAGACCUGUUUGAAAACGGGAACUACAGGAGGAGGAGGAGGAGGAAGAACGUCAAAAGGGAACCCAGAGACAAACGGCCAAACGGUGGGAGCGAUUGCUUGCAAGCUCUGUCCCCGCUUUUUCCAAACGCCGCCGCCAGCCGAGAGAGUCUAAACAGCUCCUCCAUAGGAAAAUCUGACUCCGAAAUUAAAUUUAGCAUUGAUUACAUUCUCUCCUCCCCAGACCCUCUGCCUGUCCUGAGGUCUCCGUAUCACACGGAAGAUAACAAAUACCACCUCUUGGAUUCUCAGCAGCUGGUGAACCUUCCGUUUUGGACAAUGUGAGCUUGCAAACUGA